ACGCCAACUUCCUUUUUCGUUACCACUCGCUAUUAAAUAUUAGAGCCACGAGAUAAGAAGGCUCUGAUCAGUCUCGGACCGAUACGAAGCCAUGGAUAUGGACAAGACAGAGCAGUCUUCAGACCAGGUCGAGGACGUCAACGCCGAUAAGCUAAGCCAGCAUGGCGGCAACCUCAUGAUGCCCGCCAGCUUGGCGGCCUUGAGCCAGGAAGAGUACGAGAGAACUGGCAAGAAGGCAACAUUGAAAAUGGACCUGGUGAUUAUGCCCAUCAUGGUCAUCAUGUACAUCCUCAACUACCUCGACCGCCAAAACAUUGCUAGCGCAAAGCUCGCCAACAUCACCACAGACCUGAACCUGAGCCAAGUCGAGUACCAGACGACCGUCAGCAUCUUAUUUGUUGGAUACAUCCUCAUGCAAGUCCCCUCUAACAUGAUCGUCGGCAAGAUCAAGUGGCCCGGGGCGUACAUCUGCUGUGGCAUGGCAGCCUGGGGCGUCAUCUCCUCCCUCAUGGCCGUGGUGCACAACUACGAAGGCCUCUUGAUGGCGCGCUUCUUCCUUGGUUUCGUUGAGGCCAUCUUCUUCCCUGGAGCACUGUACUUCCUCUCCUUGUUCUAUAACCGGAAGCAAUUUGCCCUGCGGACUGCCAUCCUCUAUUCUGGUUCCCAGCUGGGCAAUGCGUUCGGCGGGCUCUUCGCCAUCGCCAUCUUGAAUCUGGAUGGUGCACACGGACUUGCAGGUUGGCGUUGGCUCUUCCUCGUUGAGGGAGUCAUCACCGUCGGCUUGGCCAUCCCGUUCGCGUGCAUUCUGCCCAACUCCAACAAGAAGAUUCCCACUCUGACCCAGCUGGAGUGCGAGUGGGUACAAUACAACUUUGCCGCAGAUCAGGGUCAGGAAGAUGAUUCCAGCGAAGUCACCGCUAUGAAGGGCUUCAUGAUGGCAGUCACUGACCCAAAGACCUGGAUGCUGAUGGGUGUCCUCUACUCUACCUACAUCGUCGGCGCCGUCGCAAAUUUCUUCCCAUCCGUCGUCGGCGGCCUUGGCUUCUCCCGCACGAUGACCUACGCCCUCACCGCGCCCCCCUUCCUCCUCUGCGUCAUCACCAUGCUCCUGAACGGUUUCCACUCAGACCGCAAGCAGGAACGCUUCCUGCACAUCGUCAUCCCGCUAUGCAUCACCCUCGUCGCCAACAUCAUCGCCGUCUCAACGACCAAUACAGCAGCACGCUACGUCGCCAUGAUGCUCCUCCCCGGUUCCUUCUACGCUGCCGCCGUGGUCGUGCUCUCGUGGAUCACGGGUAGUCUGGCCCAGCCUUCGGUCAAGCGCGCGAGUGCUAUUGCGCUUAUUAAUGCCAUGUGUAACACGCCGAAUAUUUGGGGUAGUUAUCUCUACUAUGGUGCGCCGAGAUACGUUACAGCGUUUAUUGUGAAUAUCGCGGCGACGGGGUUGGCGAUUGCGUUUGCUACAGUGACGAGGAUCUGGUUGACGCGGUUGAAUGCCAAGUUGGACCGGGGCGAAGACACGGGGAAGCAUGGGCCGACGCAGGCGCAGGUUGCUGGGGGGUUCAGAUAUCUCAUUUGAGGUUUCUUCUGGGGAAUCCUAUCAUGAUCGGUCAAUAGUCUUGAGGAAGAAUUUCCUCCGCUGCAUAUGUUUACGUUG